AUGGGAUUUAUCCAAAGUUUGCUGCAAAAACUGAAGGCCUACAAAAAGCGGUCGUGCAAAAAACGGGAAAGGCAUCCCGGCAAAUGCCAAAUCGUCAACGGCGACCCCAGCACCAACUGCCGUCUCUAUGGAGAGAGCAUUGAACAGGUUGCCUGGUUUAACUAUCUCGGCAUACCUUUCUGUUCUACCGGCAUCGAAGUCUCCCGUCUCAUCAACCACAACGCCACAAAAACCACUGAUGCUAUGCGCGUGCUCUGGUCCCUCGGUGCUCACCAAUACAGCUUUGGCCUCGGCGUCACCCUUCGUUUGUAUCGCUCAUUCAUCCGCCCAUUCUCGAAUAUGGGUUGGCCAUCGUUACGCUUACCGCAACAAAUCUCAGAAAAUCAAACAAGCUCAAACACGCUGUAUCGGCUGGCACUCAACAUCACUGCCGUCAGUGCCCGAACACCCACAAUACAGGAUUUUGCGUUGGAGAUGGGGAAAGAAGCCCGAGUUUUAAAUCCCAGAGAUCAUAGUUUUUCAUUUUGA